AUGUUUAGAAAUCAAUACGACACUGAUAUUACCACUUGGUCACCACAAGGAAGAUUGCACCAAGUUGAAUAUGCUAUGGAAGCCGUUCAACAAGGAAGUGCUGCUGUUGGACUUAAAUCAAAGGAUUUUGUAGUAUUGGCAACUUUGAAGAGAGCACCACACGCCGAACUUUCUAGCUAUCAAAAGAAGCUUUUCAAGAUUGAUGAUCACAUUGGUAUUGCUAUUGCCGGAUUGGCUGCUGAUGGACGUGUAUUGAGUAAAUAUAUGAGAAACGAAUGUAUGAGCCAUCAAUAUGUUUUUGAAACUCCAGUUCCUGUACAAAGAUUAGCAUCAAAGAUUGCCGAUAAAUCCCAAAAGAGUACACAAAGCUCAUCAGGCCGUCCAUUCGGUGUUGGAUUAUUGGUUGGUGGUUAUGAUGAAACUGGUGCUCACUUGUAUCAAACUUGUCCAAGUGGAAAUUUGUAUAGUUAUAAGGCUAUUGCUAUUGGUGCUAGAUCUCAAAGUGCCAAGACUUACUUUGAAAAGCAUUACGAUACAUUCACAAAUGAUUGGAAGGAUCUUAUCGUUCAUGCCUUGAAGGCCCUUAAAGGAACAACUGGAGAUAAUGUAGAAUUGACAACAAAGAAUUGUUCAGUUGCUGUUGUUGGAAAGGAUCUAUAAAUUCACUUUAUAUGAGGAUGAUGAUAUUGAAAAUUAUUUGAAUUUAUUGGAUACUUCAUCAAAGAAGAUCGAUGAAAUGGUCGAUUAAAUCAUCUACUGAUGAUCUGUAAAAUAUUUAUUAUUAAAAACAAACUAAACAGAAUUACACCUUUGCU